AUGAUUGAGAUGGAAUUAGCCAAACGGCAUGAGAAGCAACGACGUAAGCAACGGUUAAUUCUUGCACUUGCUCUUUGCAGUUAUAAUGAUAUUUAUGUAAACAAGAUUCCUCUUCGGAAUUCAUCUUUAUCUGGCUAUGCAUACAUGGAAAAAAUACUUUUGGGUCAUAGGGAACGAUGCCUUCAAAAUUGCAUUGGGGCAAUAGAUAGUACCCAUAUUCAUGUGAGUAUUGGUAUUGAAGAGCAAGCUCCAUAUUGGAACAGGAAAGGCUUUUUAUCACAAAAUGUAAUGGUAGCUUGUUCUUUUGACCUUCGCUUUGUAUAUGUACUUGUUGAGUGGGACGAAUCAUCAUCGGAUUCUUCUGUGUUAAAAGCUGCACUAAAAUCUAGUUUCAAGGCUUAUGGUCAGGGAAAUUUAACCCCACAAAAUGUAAAGGAGCUCUUCAAUCUUCGGCAUUCAUCUCUUCGGAACGUUAUUGAAUGUGCAUUUGGUGUGUUGAAGAAAAGAUUCCCUAUUUUGAAAGUGGCAACAACAUAUCCUUAUGAAACACAAGUUAAGAUUGUCGCUGCUGCUUGGACUUUACAUAAUCAUAUCCGAACUAUAACAGGUGGUGAUGAUUGGCUCUAUGAGGAGUAUGACAGGGAUUUUACACGUGGAUCAGUUGAAGGAACAGAUAUUCAACAUAAUGAUGUAAACCCUCAAGCUAAUAAAAAUGAUGGCGAUCAACUGCAAGAUCAUAUUGCUAAAGCACUUUGGGAUGACUAUUGUACUCACCAUUGA